AUGGCCAUACUAAUAUUCAUUAUUUGUCCUUUGCCAUUCGCUCAUACAUUGAAUCCAUUGAAUGAACAUAUAAUUCAUUAUGAAACAUUAGAUUAUGAUCCUCGACCAUAUGUGAAUGCAUUGCAUCGUUCAAGACGGUCAGCCAAUUUAUAUGAUGAUAAUAAUAAUCAUCCGGAUGCUAAUCCAUUGUAUACGAUACAUUUGCAUUCACAUGGACGUAAUCUUUCCCUCCGACUUAAACGUGACAUUGAUUCAGUCUUUCAUCGUGAUCUGAUUAUUGAAGAUGGUGAUGGUCAACCAUUGUCCGUUAAUCUUGAUCACAUUGUCAGUGGACAUGUUCAUAAUCAGCCAAAUAGUAUGGCAUAUGGUUCUAUACGUGAUGGAAUAUUUAUUGGCAAAAUACAUUCAACCGUGCCUGAUGAGGAUACGUUCUUUGUGGAAAGAGCCAAUAAAUAUUUUCAACCAAAUCCGGUCGAUAUCUAUCUAUUAGAUGGUUCAACAUUGAAAUCCAAAUAUAAUUAUUAUGACAUUGUUAAUGCCAUCAGUUUAAGUAAGACGACGUCCACUUCGACAACAGCAAGCAUAAUACCGUCACUGCCAUUUCAUUCAGUCAUUUAUUCAUCGAAACAUGUGAACGAUCCAUUCCAUGAUCGACGAUCUCCUAUCGACGGUAGUUGUGGUGCCAAUGAAAAAGUUCGCGAAUGGAUGGAUUCGAUAGCCAAUUCGGCAGUCACCGAUGAUGAUGAUGAUGGUGAUGGUUAUGAAAUGAAUCAUAACUCAUCAACCACAACAGCCAUGAUCAAUAAUUCAACCGAUGAUCUGAAUCGACCAAUAUUACGAUCAAAACGAGCUUCCAAUAACAACAUUAAUGGUAACAAUAGAAAUCAUGAUUAUAGUAAUUACAGGAGAUUAUUCGAAGCACAAGGUCGUAUCAGCUAUAAUAGACCACCAUCACCACAUCAAACACCAUCGACACCAUAUCUGCCAACGAAACGAGCCUGUUCAUUAUAUAUACAAACUGAUACAUUUCUUUGGGAUCAUGUGAAAAAACAUGAAACAGAAAAAUCAGAUUUUAAGGUUCGUGAAGAGAUUGCCUCAUUGGUCGCUCAACACAUUAAAGCUGUAAAUCACAUAUACGAAACUUCAGUGUUCAAAAACAUAAUGGGACUCAAAUUCAUUGUGCAACGAUUACGAAUCAACGAUUCAUCGGCUUGUGAACCACGUAAACGUGAAUUCAAUCAAUUCUGUUCACCGAAUAUUGAUGUUUCGAAUUUUUUAAAUCUAAACUCACAAUUUAAUCACAACGAUUUUUGUCUAGCCUAUAUAUUUACUUAUCGUGAUUUUUCUGGUGGAACGCUUGGUUUAGCCUGGGUUGCUAGUACAUCAGGUGCAUCGGGUGGAAUAUGUGAAAAAUAUAAAACAUAUACGGAAAAUAUUGGCGGCCGUCAAGUACAAACGAAACGUAGUCUGAAUACGGGAAUAAUUACUUUUGUUAAUUAUAAUUCACGUGUACCACCGAAAGUCAGUGAAUUGACAUUGGCGCAUGAAAUUGGCCAUAAUUUUGGUUCACCACAUGAUUAUCCGGCCGAAUGUCGUCCAGGCGGUCCACUUGGAAAUUUUAUCAUGUAUUCAUCGGCCACUAGUGGUGAACGGCAAAAUAAUAAUAAAUUUUCACAUUGUUCAGUGAAUAAUAUAUCCACCGUAUUGAAUGCCGUAUUCAAUAAUGAAGGCAAAGAAAAUUGUUUCCAAGAAGAUAAUGGACCAUUCUGCGGUAAUAAAAUCGUUGAAGAUGGUGAAGAAUGUGAUUGUGGAUAUGAUUCACGAGAAUGUAAUGAAGAUUGUUGCUAUCCAAGGAAUGUUGAUGAAUUUAAACAUUUAGAUCCCCAUGCACAGCCAUGUCGACGAAGACCUGGUGCCAGUUGUUCACCAUCUGAAGGUCCUUGCUGUACGGAACGUUGUACAUUCGAAGGAAAAAUGAAACAAUGUCGUGAUGAUGGUGAAUGCACGUAUAAAUCAUUCUGUAGCGGUCAACGUGCACAUUGUCCAUUGCCACCGGUUAAACCAAACAAAACCGAAUGUAAUAUGGGUACACAAGUAUGUUGGCAGGGUUCAUGUACCGGAUCGAUUUGUCAGAAAUAUGAUCUUGAAGAAUGUUUUCUAACCACACGACGUGGUGCUAAACCCGAAGAAAUGUGUGAAGUAGCAUGUCAACGACGUAGUCAACCAGAAACAUGUCGACGUACAUCAGAAAUUGCUGUUAUGAAAACCAUAUCCGGAAUGAAAUUAAGGCCCGGUUCGCCAUGUAAUGAUUUUCAAGGCUAUUGUGAUGUAUUUCAACGUUGUCGACCAGUCGAUGCUGAAGGUCCGUUGGCAAAGCUAAAGAAUCUAUUGUUUAAUAAAAAAACGUUAAUUAGCAUCAAACAAUGGGUUACGACAUAUUGGUGGGCCUGUAUGUUGAUGUUAUUCGCAGCAAUAUUAUUCAUGGCUGCUUUUAUCAAAUGUUGUGCCGUACAUACGCCAAGUUCAAAUCCAAAAUUGAAGAAAGCAUUGCGUAUUUCAGAUACAUUACGUCGACCAGCCGAUACAUUAAGAAGAAAGAGUCGUGAACGAGCACAACAACAGCAGCAGCAACAGCAACAGGCUUCAAAUGGUGGACAUCAUCAACAUCGGAGUGAACGAAAUCGAGAACGAACUGCAAAUCCUCAUCAUGGCCGUAAUGGUGGUCAUCGUCAAAAUGGUCCAACUCGUUCAAAUCAGCCUUCAUCAUCAUCAGCAUCGACAUCGGUAGCAAAUCAUCAAUCACAACCAUCUCCGAAUAUGAUGGCUGCUGCUUAUCAACAAUCCACGAAUAUAACACAAUCAACAAAUCCAUCAUCGAAUAUAACGACAACAUUUCCACCGACAUUAGUGGUUAAUCUACCACCUCCUGCACCCAAAGAUAUGAUAAUGGAUCCUCCACCACCCUAUCCAGGAUUAUCCACCGCCUCUAGUGGUAAACCAAGUGCACCACCAUUGAAUACGGUCGUACCAGUAAUACCAGGUGCACCAUCACAUGGCUAUGGUGAAGGACGUGGCCAUUAUAAUCGUCAACAACAGAAUUCUGGUGGGCCAACAUCCUCAUCAUCAUCAUCAUCAUCGACAGUGGUGACAAAAGGACAAAAAGAACGAAAAAAUCAAGAAACGGUAUCCAAAAAUCAUCGCCGCUAAUUUUGUUGUUUUGCAACAUAAAUAUUGACUGUGUUAAAUUCAAUUUUUUCAAAAUUGUUUACCACCUGAUAACAUUGAUUUGUUGUUUGGGCAAAAGAAAAAAAAUUU